AUGGCAAGGUCACGCCCUGCCGCAAAACCCGCCGCCGCUGGCUCAGCGGGGGUGACGAGCACGCCGGCCUCGGGCAAGUCGAAGCCCAAGGAGAAGAAGGUCUCGGACGACAAGGUCAAGAAGCCGCGGGGCCGGCCUCGCAAGGCGGACGAGCCUGCCGCGCCGCAUCCGCAUCCGCAGGCCGCCGAGAUCAGCGCCGCCGCCGCCCAGGCCGUGGCGGCCGUGAAGCAGGCCGAGCAGGAAGCAGCCGCUACGGCGGCGGUGGUAGCAGCGGUGGUGCCAACUGCAGGGGAGCCGGGCCCGGCCGCGCACGGCACUCCUGGCGCUCCCGGUGCUCCCGGUGCUGCUGGCGGGGAGGGCAAGGGUCUCAACCGGGCCGCGAGGCGGCGCCUCAAGCUCAUCGCGCGCCAGCGGGAGCUGAUCGCCGGGCAGCUGCGCCAGGCGGCGGCCGGGCCGCUCGAGCUCGAGGAGCAGGUCGAGGUGCAGCUGCGGGCGUGGACCGCGAACAUGGACGCCAAGGCCGCGCCCAAGGCCGCCAAGAAGCAGCAGCAGAAGGCGAGGCGCAGGAAGGCCCAGAUGGAGAAGAGACGUGCCAGGAAGGCCAAGGCGGCGGCGCGGGCGCAGAAGAAGUUGGCUGGGGGGAAAGGCUGUGCUUGA